GCAUUGCUUCCUGUACCGCGUUCCUCUCUUGCUGUUGGUCCCCUUUCUUGUUUGUGUUUGGAACUUUCAUGUCAGGAAUCGCCUGUCCUGGGCACAUCGAAACAGAACAUACUGAUUGCAAAAACAUAACAAUGGGUGGUGAACUGCUCAACCAAAAGUACGCAAAGAUUUCGGAAACUGACCGGGUAGAAAGGCAAGGAAUUUACUCUCCGUGCAUGCUUUUGGAAGAAGCGCGGCGUACAGAGGAGAGCUCGCUCUCUUGGACGAAACUCGCACAGAAAACCUCCACUUCCAUCUCAAGCUCGUCCUCAUUGGAUGACGAGUCAGGGAUCUACGAUCCGUCAGAGGGGGACGAUGAACUUGGCGACUACAUGAAACCGAUCCGAGCGUGCACCAUUGCAGAUAUAUACAUGUUCGAGGAGUUGCGGAAGGAAGUCGGGUUUGAAACAGCUAGGGAAUGGGCACUGAAUCAACUUGGACCGAAGAUGUUGUCCGAAGCCUCCACCGCUCAUUCAUCGACGUGCGUGUCUCGGGUGUCCAGCAUAUCAUCACGACCGGAUACGCCUGCAGCAUCAUCAAAGGAUUGGAGACAAGGGCAGCGCAAGGGUUUCUCACAAUCUGAUGGCAGCUUUUUGAAGGAAAAGAAAAAGCUUUUGUUCAACAUCAUGAAACAGAACAGUCUUCCGGCUAAGGUCUUUCUGUCAAAGAUGAACUCCACGGCGUCUUCUUCAUUCAACCCGACGGCGUCUACCACUAUAUCGCCAGGCAUUAGUGCACCACCCAAUUCUGCAGCAUUCAACAAGAAAAAGCUUACCACAUGGAACUCGUGGAAGCAGUAGUCUCGUGUGCAAAAUCUUCUGUAUUUUUGUUCUGUAUCAAUACAAUUAUCUAUGAUG